GGAAUCCAAGGCAACAAGAGACGAUAGGUCCACAUUAUCAUAAAUACAGUCAAUUAAAUUUCCUACACCUUAUCAGAAAGCUCAUAAAAAUCAAAUGAGCCCACCUUCUCCUACAAUUAAGUUCUUCACCCACGCAUUUAGUGGGUCACACAAACUCUUAUGACUUGUGUCCCUCCAAAUUUUCUAAAAUUCACAGCAUGCAUUCAAAACAUUUAAUCCAAAAAAUAUAAAACAAUCGUAAUCCACUAUUAUCAACGUAUAUAUGAGUAUCGAAUGAUACGUUUACGACCCGUAUAUUCACAUACUACGACUUUAUUUAAUAAUGAAGGAGUUACAUAUCACAUCAAUUGUUAUAUAAAACCUAAACACCUUAUAUUCAUUAUAUCAUUCCUUAGCAACUUGUUCCUCAUUCCCCGCAAAUCAAGCAUAGAAAGAGAUACUCUUGGAUCAUCCAAGUAUCCGAUUCUCAAACCGUAAAAAUAUAAUGUCCAUGAAAGGGAUCUCAUCAGCAGAGCCAGAUAAGCUCUCGAGGAGAAUAUCUUUGACCAACAAGCGCAAUUCCGAAGAGCUUGACGUGUUUGAGGCCGCAGUGUACUUCGGCUACAAUGAAGCCUCCUCUGGUGACCAUAGACCUACACAAAAGUAUGGCUAUAACGGAGCGAGAGAGGAGAAUCCUAGGCGAUGGGGAAUAUUAGGAGGAGGAGGAAGAAGAAUCAGCUUGGAUUUGCCUAUCAGAUGCUCAGAACAAGUGCACCAUCUUCAACAAGAUCAUCAUGAGAAGCACGAAGUUACAACAAUCAAGGAGAGACUUGGUAACGUGAGACACAAGCAACCGAGCUCACCAGGUGGGAAAAUCGCCAGCUUCUUGAACUCCUUGUUCCAUCAAGCAAGUUCGAAGAAGAACAAAUCAAAGUCAAAGUCAAAGACAAAGCCAACGGAUCCAGAAGUGGAAGAGGAGAUCCCUGGAGGAGGAUGGAUGAGGAGGAGGAGGAGAAGCAGUAUCAGCCAUUUCUUGAGCUCAAGCAGAUCGAAUUCAAUCACCACCACCACCACGGCAUCAUCAUCAUCAAAAUCUCUGAUGUCGUCUUCAAGCUCGGGUUUCAGAACUCCUCCUCCUUAUUUGAACACUCCCACCAAGAACUACAAGCAGUUCUUGAACUACACUUCUGCCACAAAACAAGUGGGAGAAGAGGAAAAGAAGACCAACAAAGAGUUCUCUUGGCUGGACGAGAAACUCAAGGUGAUGGAGAGCCUCUCGGAGAAUCAGAGGAUUUGGGCUGAUGAUGACGAUGAUGAUAGGAGAAUAAAGAGAGAGGGAAAUGAUGAUGGAAUGGAGAGUGAUUCAAGUUCUGAUCUCUUCGAGUUGCAAAACUACGAAUUGUCUCGUGGAGGCUUGCCAGUCUACGAGACUACCAAUGUAGCUAACAUCAACAACACUCAUAUAUAAUCAAAACUCUCUGAGUGUCAUAAACUCCAUCAGAUCUUGGUAAUAACACCCAUAAAACAAAUUGUUUUUUCAGAUUUGUUCUUGUCUGAUUGUUCUUCAGUUAUAUGUAAUUCUUUUGGGUUUCUUGGAUUUGUUUGUGGAAGCUUUAAUGAAUUUUUUUUUUUCUGUAUGAGAUUGAGGUAGAUUUGAUAAAUACCUAGAUUUCUUGUCUAUCACAUUGUUUUUUUGUUUCCAUCUCUUUACGUUUUUUCCUUGUAAACUAUAUUUUGUACAAUAUUGUUAAUAUUUUAGUUA